CUCUUUUCCCCUCUCAUUCGCUUACACAAAAAAAAAAAUGAUUACAUUUGGAUAUUUACCGAUACUUCUUCUUUUGAUAUUUGUCAUGAGGGCAAACGGUCAAGUGAGUACAGCUGGCCACUUCCAGUCGUAUAUCGGACAAUCUUCACUAAGAGACGAAUUGAAUCACCAUCAUAUACCCACACCUCGUUUCCUGAACGAUAAUGAUAAACCACAAAAACUCUUAAAACCCUAUCGAUUUGCCAAAUCUAUCCCCAUCUCUAUCUCUUUUGAUCAUGCAUCCACCGUCUUCAUUAAUCGUCAUGGCGAUUGGCGAUGGCAAAUAAAGUUAUCCAGUCCAGGUGCCAUUUCUCUAAGUUUAAUUUUUGAUCAAUGGUGGAUACCUGAACAUUCAGAAGUCUACGUCUAUAACCACGAGGAAAUUCUAGGUGCAUUCACUGCUUUUCCAUCGAAUAAAGCAUCAAAUCAAUUCGCUACAGCACCGUUAAAAGGAGAUUCUAUCACGAUCGAAUAUUACUCCCCAGCACGUGUGCGACAACUUCCAAGAAUCCGUAUCAGUCGACUUGUCUAUGGUUUCAAGUCAUUACCUCAUCAUCCACAACAAAGAGAUGAAAUGAACUAUCCGCAGGAAGACAACAGUCAACAGCAUGUUAUGAAACGUAAACGUAGACCCCAGUCCGGUAAAUGUAAUGUCGAUGCGUCGUGCGAUGCUGCAGCUUCAAGUUGGUCCAAGGAAGCAAGAUCCGUAGCCGUAUUACUAACAGACGAAAAUCAAGUGUAUUGUACUGGCGUCUUAUUAAAUAAUGCAGAACAUGAUGGAAGACAAUUGUUAUUGACGGCUUACCAUUGUACCGGAUCGUCCAAUCCAGCCACGGAUAUUGUCAUGUUUAACCACCAACGUCGGUCUUGCAACGGGUACCGACAAAUCAUGUCGAGUAAGUCUGACACACUUCAUGGGCUGAAUUGGUUAGCGGGUUCAGUGAUAUCUGAUUAUGCAUUGUUUGAGCUACAAGAACCCAUCCCUGAACAUUAUGACGUGUAUUUGGCAGGCUGGAGCACGAUCGAUGAGCCUUCUCCACCCUUAGUGGGUAUUCAUCAUCCCAGUGGAGAUUUCAAAAAAUUGUCAAUUUACAACGGACAUUUAUUACCUGCCUGUUGGUCCGAAUGUCCCGAUAAAGACCACUGGAAAGUAGAGCAUUGGACACGGGGGACGACCGAACCCGGUAGUUCGGGAUCCCCUUUAUUUGAUGCUAAUCAUCGUGUGGUGGGACAAUUGCACGGCGGAAGCGCUUCGUGCUGGAACAAAAAUGGUUAUGAUGUGUAUGGUUCCUUCUCCGCUUCCUGGAAAAAUGGUCUGUCUUUUUAUUUAGAUCCUAAAAAUCAAACAAAUGCCUUUGGUGAUAUUGCUAUUGAUGGUGUCUAUCUUAACAAAUUACACUAA